AUGCUUCAAUCAAUUAUUCUGUCCAUGGCCUUGGCCCUGCCAGCCUUAUCUGUUCCUCUUUUUGCGACGCGCGCCGUUGAAUCAUGGUCUAUCCCCACCAUGGAUGUCCACUUGAUGGGACGAGACACUGGCAUUCCUGGCAACACUUGGCCCGACAGCCGCAAAUUCAACACGACCCUCGACUUCACACUAGUACUUCCGUCAUCGCAAGUCCAGUGCUCCGCAAAUUGGAAGUACCAGGAAGUCUCGACUGCUGUCUGGCCUUGCAGUGAAGACAUCAGCUUCCAGCUGUCGGAUGCGGGUGCUUUCUCCGAUGCGGAGUGGACGCUGACGAUCACGAAAAAGGGUGACGAUGGUAUAUAUGUAGCCAGCCAGGUUAUUGAGAGCAACAGCCCUGGAACUCCAAAUGGCUACCUCUCGUGUAUCGGCGGCCCUCCAUAUGAUGGACUGAGAUGCAAGCUGAAUGGCUGGGCUGGGAAGCAAGGCCCCAUCCUUCUGACGGCCACGAGCCAGUAA